ACUGUCAAACUGACAGUUUGUUUCACGUGUAUAUUUUGUUGUGUUAGUUUGUUAAUUUUAAUGUAAUCAUAAUGUUAUUAACUGAAGACACAGAUAUUGAUUUAUUCGUCGCCAGUAAAAUCGGCUCAUUUAAACAUAUAAAAUACCACACGGAAUCCAGUAAGAACACAAAGAAAUGCAUAGAGAACCUGGUAGAUAUAAAAUCUCUGCAGAAAGAUGAUUGUGUGACAUGCAUGGAGUGGGGGAACAAGGACCAGACAGAGAUACUUAUUGGAAAGAAGAAUCAAGAGAUCCAAGUAUAUUCAACACUCCAAGGCUUCACAAAGACGUACACAGCAGACUACUCGGAGGGACAUGUGGUGGGGCUGGGGCGGUGCGGGCGCCGGCUGCUGUCCGCGACGGCGGGCGGCGUGGUGCGCGUGUGGGGGAAGGAUCUGGACAUCAACACUGGCGGCAAGCUGGAUCGGAUGAGGGUGUGCGAUGACGACACUCUGUUUGCUACAGGUGGAGAAGAGAAUGACCUCAAAAUAUGGCGCCUCGGUGAAGCCGAGCCGGUAUUCCAAGCCAAGAACCUCCCUCACGACUGGCUGCAACUCCGGCGGCCUAUCUGGGUGACAGACCUCACCUUUUUACCUGGAGAGGGCGGGAGAUUGGCCGCCGUGUGCUCCAGGCAUGGAUAUGUAAGACUGUACGACUCGCGAGCCCAGCGCAGGCCGGUUCACAACGUGGAGUUCCAGCUGGCGGCCACCUGCAUCGCGCCCAGCUUUGAUGAACGACAAGUGCUGGUAGGCUUCGGCCGCGGUCAGAUCCACCAAGUAGAUCUGCGCGUGGGCAGGCCCGACAAGGGUUACAAGGGAUGCGUGGGCUCAGUGACUUGCCUCGCGGCCGUCAAACAGCAGCGGCUCAUCGUGAGCGCCAGCCUCGACAGGCACAUCAGGGUGCACCGCUACGAGACAAAGGAAUUGUUGUAUAAGCAAUAUCUAACAUCAAAGCUGACGUGCGUGCUGGCUCAGACGGAGUCCAGCACUCCUCUGAGUAAGCAACCGGAUGAGGUGAAGGACGAGCCCGUGGAAGCGGAAACAGCGCAGGACCCUCCCGAUGAUAUGGACCAGCUGUUUGACAACAUGGAGACUGUGGGUGACAAACCUAAAAAGAUCAAAAAAGAAAUGGAAGAAUCUGUACAGUUGAAAAAGAUGAAACCAUCUACAGAGGGCAGCACUGUCGUUGAUCUUACCGAGGAAGAGCGUGAGGACGCCAUCAAGCAGCUUCUGCGCAGCACCGAAAAGCAGAAGAAGAAGAGAGAGAAGAAAAAACGACAGAAGAAAGCGAAGAGCGUGUUCCAUAAUGCUUAAUAAUAAAAGUAGUUGUAAUUGAA